AUGGCACUAGAAGGAUGGAUGAUUCACACACGAGGGGAAAAUCCACCCCCACCGAUGCCAAGGACUGCUGAAGAGUGUAAUUCUCUUCUGGAAGAACGGAUUUCUGAAGCCAUCGUCCACUACGAGGUGAACCAUGCUGAACACAGUGGUGCUACAGGAGGUACUGGUCGAAAUGGUCAUGGUGAUUCGUCUGGAGGAAACCUUAACCAAGGGUACACUCAAAGGUUCCAUGAUCUCUCGAGAGUGAUCCCCUAUCUUAUGACUCCUGAAUUUAAGCGCAUCGAGCGCUACAUUUGGGGAUUGGCUCCAGAGAUUCGUAGCAUGGUGACUGUAGCAAACCCUACCACCAUUACUCAGGUUGUAACUCUGGCUGUCAGCCUUACUGAAAAUGCUGUUAGGAUGAACAACAAGUAUCAACAUCUGGGUGCUUGCCAUGGGCCAAAGUGUGAAAAAUUUGGUAAACUGGGUCAUCAUACAGAAGAUUGUUGGGGAAAAGGAAACGGAGGUGGGAAUGGUAAUGGUAAUGGGAAUCGCAAUGGUAACGAUGCUAGUAAUGGAAAUGGGAAUGGAAACGGGAAUGGUAACACUACUAGUAAUAGGAACGGGAAUGGGAAUGGACGAAAACAAGGAUGUUUUGGAUGUGGUAGUAAGGAGCACUACAAGAAAGAUUUCCCGAAGGAGAGCAACACUCAAGGCCGAGCAUUUGUCAUUGGAGCAAGGAACGCCCGCGAAGACCCUAACGUGGUCACUAGUACGUUUCUCGUUAAGAAUCACUAUGCAUCCAUACUAUAUGACACUGGUGCCGAUUUUAGUUUCAUUUCUGUGGAAUUUAAACAUAUGCUUGUGGUUGAAUCUAGUAGAUUAGAUAUUCCUUAUUCCAUAGAAUUAGCCGAUGGUAAACUUGUCGAAUCGGGGGAAGUUGUUAAAGGAUGUUUGUUGGAACUUGGAGAACGAAGGUUUAGCAAUGAUCUUUUACCUGUCCAACUGGGUAGUUUUGAUGUUGUAGUCGGCAUGGAUUUGCUAUCCAAGAGUAGAGCCGAAGUCGUUUGUCAUGAGAAGAUCAUUCGCAUCCCUCUUGCGAAUGAUGAAACACUCAUAGUGCACAGAGAGAAACGAGACACACCCAUGCAGAUCAUCAACUGUAUGAAGGCACAUAAAUGCUUGAGAAAAGGAUUUGUUGCCUUUUUGGCGCAUGUAGUAGAUAAGAAGGUUGGGGAACCAAAGCUUGAAGACGUCCCAGUAGUGAAGGAUUUCCCUGAAGUCUUCCCUGAAGACUUGCCGGGAUUACCUCCGUAG